CUCAUCCACUGUGAUUCUUUUGUGUGACAAUAAAGCGAAGGACAACAGCUUAACAGCUCAAGGAUUAGACUCCUCUUUUACUAAUUACAACUUCCAAUUUUCUGGACCAGCAUUAUGUCCAGGUUCGAGUGGUGGUGGUGGAGGAGGACUUAGUGGAGGGUCAAUAUUUUUAAUCAUAUUUUUCGUUGUUCUUUUUAUCUACUUCAUUGGUGGAAUUAUAUUUCGGAAGAUAACAACUGAUGCUGCUGGUUCCGAAUUGAUCCCAAACAAGGAAUUUUGGUUUUCGUUACCAGGACUAAUAAAGGUAUUUCGAGAGUGA